UAAGUGAAAGACAAACUACAGAACAGAGAAGCGCGUGCGCCCAUAAAGCAGAAAUAGUCGCUCCUCCUCCUCCUCCUCCUCCUCUUACUGAUUUGCAGGACGAAGACCAAAACACUACAGCGGCUGAGUUUAUUAUGGACAGGAGGAGCACACUUCUGAGAGACGAACUAGUCCUGCUGUUGGCGGUAAUGCAGCUCUGAGCUGGUUUGCCAGCCGCCAACAAACAUUUAAGAAGAAGAAGAAGAAGAAGAAGAAGAAGAACCGGAGGGAAAUACAAAACAAACGGCUGUUCUCGGUGUUUUGAAGUUGAGCUAUAACAGCGACUGUUCAGUGGACGACAGCUGCUGAAACCGGAGCAAGGAUGCAGAGGACUUCCCGUUUGAAGCGUGAACUUCAGAUGCUGAGCACCGAGCCUCCUCCCGGGAUAACAUGCUGGCAGACCGAGGAACGGAUAGACGAGCUCCGGGCCCAGAUAGUGGGUGGAACAGGGACUCCAUAUGAAGGUGGACUCUUCUCCUUGGAGAUCAAUGUCCCAGAAAGGUACCCGUUUGAACCUCCCAAAAUGCGAUUCUUGACCCCCAUCUACCACCCAAACAUCGACAAUUCAGGACGGAUCUGCCAUGAUGCCCUCAAACUCCCACCAAAGGGUGCCUGGAGGCCAUCCCUAAACAUCUCCACAGUCCUCACCUCCAUUCAGCUCCUCAUGACUGACCCCAAUCCAGAUGACCCUCUCAUGGCUGAUGUAUCGUCAGAGUUCAAAUACAACAAACAGCUGUUUACGGAAAAGGCCAGGAAGUGGACACAAGAACAUGCCGUUCAGAAGAACAAGGGAGUCGUGGAGGGCAACAAAGAAAAUACUCCAGAUCAGAAAGCUUCAUCCCGCAAAAGAGAGGCUCUCGGGACAGACCAGGAGGCAGUGGAGCCACCAAAGAAAACCUGUGUGUAGUUUCCAUCUUGCUUGUAAGAGCCACAGGUCUCUCCUCUCCAGAUCAAACAUUCCUUAUACACCUGCUUGUAAAGAGUAUGAUAUUACUUUUAAUUUAGCGCUAAAACCUACUUAAUUUCACUUUAAAUGUAUUCCUUUUCCUAUUCAAGAAAUAAUAUAAUAUAAUAAUAUAUUUAUAUUGUAUUGUAUACUUUUUUAUGUUUGUGU